CGGCCCUUUUUGUCUGGAAAGAGUAGCAGUCGCCCAUAAAAGGGCCUGCUUCCGUGCUUGCUCUCUGCCAGAUUCUUGUCCAAAAAUGCCGGCUCACACACUGACUCUCCCAUAUCACCCUCCCACACCACUCAAUUUCUCUCGCUCUUCUCGUACUCUUCCUUCUCUGGCAUCACCACAAUACCCCUUGAAUCUGACUCUCAGAGACCAUUCAAGAUCAGGUUUUUUCAAUCCAGUCAAUAGGAUGUCUAGUUCUGGAAAACAUGGAAUCUUGGUUACGGUCAGUUGUGUGGCAAAAGAGGGUGGUGAUGACGAUAAAGAUGAUGGGUUUUAUAUGAGGAGGUGUGUGGAGCUAGCAAGGAAAGCAAUUGGGUGUACUAGUCCUAAUCCUAUGGUGGGUUGUGUUAUUGUUAAAGAUGGUAAAAUUGUUGGUGAAGGUUUUCACCCUAAAGCUGGCCAGCCUCAUGCUGAGGUCUUUGCCCUUAGAGAUGCCGAGGAUUUGGCUGAGAAUGCAACAGCUUAUGUGAGCUUGGAACCAUGUAAUCACUAUGGGAGAACUCCACCAUGCAGUGAAGCCCUGGUAAAAGCCAAAGUGAAGAAGGUUGUUAUUGGGAUGAUUGAUCCAAACCCAAUUGUGGCUUCCAGAGGUGUGCAAAGAUUGAGAGAUGCAGGAAUUAAUGUAGUUGUUGGUGUAGAAGAAGAAUUGUGCAAGAGGCUCAAUGAGGCCUUUAUCCAUAAAAUGCUGACAGGGUCGCCCUUUGUUACGCUUAGGUACUCCCUCUCAGUCAAUGGCCAUCUUGUAAACCAACUUGGGGAAGGAGUCACUGACACUGGUGGAUACUACUCUCAAUUGUUACAAGAAUAUGACGCAGUUAUACUUUCUGCCUCGUUAACUGGUAGUUCCCCAUUUCCUGCAUCACAAGAACCUGGUGCCAAUCAACCCCUUUGGAUUCUAAUGGCAGGAGGCCCUAGUUCUCCAAUCCAAAUUCCUCUACUCACGGAAGAGGCAGCUUCUAAAGUUACGAUAUUUACAGACAAAGAGGCAAGUGAAGAACCAGAAACUUCUAAAAAGGGUAUUGAAACUGUGGUUUUGGAUAAGAUAAAUUUGAAUGCAAUUUUGGAAUAUUGUAAAAGCCGGGGACUAUGCAGUGUUUUGAUGGAUUUGAGAGGCAGUUUCGUUGAGCUUGAAGAGCUCCUAAAAGAUGGUACCGAGCAGAAUUUAUUGCAAAAAAUUGUGGUGGAAGUAUUACCUUUCUGGGAUGAAAGCAGUGGUUUAAGUUCUCUCACGGCAUCAAAGAGCAUUCGACGAAGGCUAAAAGUCAAUAACUUACAGCCCAAGAUCUCAGGUGAUCAGAGCAUUGUACUGGAGGGUUAUCUAUAGUGCUAUAAGACGUAGGAACUUAUGGCGGCAGUAUUAGUUUUGACAAGUACUUCGGCUACUGGUCUAUCCCAUGAGGGCAUAAAUUUUGGCGAUUGAUCUAUGCCAGCCAGGCAACCUUGCCAAUUCUUUUAUUGGCCGGGAAAGGUGCAGCCCACCCCGCCAUCUUUGUGCGAGUGAUGGAAACUCUUACCUGUAUUUCAAAUUGACAAUAAAGUGGCAUUUCCCGAUUGUUUUAUAGUAAAUAUAUAACUAGAUAGUUGUACCGCACAAUGGCAUGGGUGACCUUUCAAUGUAUUAACUAUGUUGCGGGUGACCUUUCAAUGUUUCAACAUAUUAAUAAAUUUAUAUAUAA